AUGGCGACCCAGACGUUUGUAACAGACCUGCAAGCCAUGAACCCAGCAGCUGUACAACAGGCUUUGGGGUUAAAUUUAACAGCUGAUGGGACUUUAGUGAAAGCAACAACACCAAAUGAUCAACAGACUAAUAAUCAGAAAACUACAAUAAUUCAACCUUCUGCAGCUCAUAGUGGUUCACAACAAUAUAUAGUUACAACAACAUCAAUGGGAGAUGGUGUAGAUCAUGGACAAGGUGGAGAAGCUGUAACUAUUAAUCAAGGACAGACAGUUUAUCCAGCUCAUGUCCAGUACGUAGAUGGGACUGAUUCCGGCCUCUAUGCAUCCUCAAAUGGGCAAAUGUACGAUAUAAGGGGGCAGACGUAUCAUCAUGAAUAUGGCCAAGGAACAAUGUAUACCCCUGUAUCUGGUGCUUAUUAUCAACAAUUACAUGGAGGACAG